AUUUAAGCUAGAAUUAAGAAAGGGAAAACACCAUCUAAAUUCUAAGAAUCAAGAAAUGGAUUCAAACUCUCUUCUUCCUCUUUCAGUUUCCAUUCAACUCCCAGUUAUUGAUUUCUCGGAUCAAACCCUGAUACCAGGAACCUCAAAGUGGGACAAAGUGAAAGCUGAUGUCCGUAAAGCUUUAGAAGAUUAUGGUUGUUUUGAAGCUCUCUUUGACAAAGUGUCAGUGGAGCUUGAUAAGUCUGUUUUUGAAGCCAUGGAAGAGCUUUUCGACUUGCCGGUUCAGACCAAACAGAGACACGUGUCUUCGAAACCCUUUCAUGGAUACCUAAACUACAAUGUUUGCCAGAGUUUUGGAAUUAGUGAUGCUAAUCUUGUGGAGAAAGUCAAUGAAUUUACUCAACAGCUAUGGCCUGGCCAAGGAAACAAGAGAAUUAGUGAGACGGUGCAUGUGUACUCGAAGUAUUUAGUCGAACUGGAUAUGAUGGUGAGAAGAAUGAUUAUGGAGAGUUUUGGGAUAGAGAAACACAUUGACGAACAUCUUGAUUCUACAACUUAUGCUCUUCGAAUGAUGAAGUAUACAAUACCUCCCGAUGACAAUGGUGAUGAUGAAGAGACAAAGUUAGGUCUACGUUCCCAUGCCGAUAAGAACAUCGUCACAAUACUUCAUCAGUAUCAGGUUGAUGGUUUGGAAAUUAAAACCAAAGAUGAAAAAUGGAUCAAAGUGAAACCAUCUCAUCCCUAUUCUUUCAUCGCCAUGGUCGGAGAUUCUCUAUGUGCAUAUUUGAAUGAUCGAUUUUCUUCACCAUAUCAUCGAGUCAUAAUGACUGCAAAGAAGACAAGGUAUUCGACUGCGUUGUUCUCGUCUCCAAAGUCAGAAGUUAUCAUUGAUUCACCUGAAGAACUUAUCGAUGAAGAACAUCCACGUGUGUUCAAACCCUUUGCAUAUGAUGAUUACCGUGCCUUCUAUAUCACGGAAGCUGGUCGUAGGACUGAGUCUCCUCUCCAUGAUUUCUGUGGUCUUUGA